AUGGCUCAGGUUUUCGCUAACAUCCAAACCAAGAAAAGUUUCCAGACACUGAGAGACGAGCAUGAAGCUCUAAAAAGAAAUCUCACAGAAUGUGAAAGUCGUUGCUGUGAUAUCUUCAAAGAUGAAGCGAUAUGUGAAGAAGGCUGGGAGCAACAUGGAGGAAAGUGCUAUUAUUUCUCCAACAAUAGUUCACCCUGGGAAAAUAGCAGAGAGGAUUGUCGACAACAAGGAGGAGACCUGGUUAAGAUAGACAGCAGAGAGGAGCAGACAUUCCUGGAGCUGAAAGUGAGAGAAAAAAUGAACUAUUUUGAGGACAGGUUCUGGAUUGGACUGACAGACUCAAAGGAAGAGGGCACAUGGUUGUGGGUGGACGGCUCUCCACUGUACACAAGUUCAUCUUUUUGGAGCGGUGUUGAGCCAGACAACUGGACAGAGGAAGAUCCUGAUGGGGAGGACUGUGCGAGGAUGGGGGAGACAGCAAGACAUCUUUGGUGUUGGUUUGAUAAAUCCUGCAAAGUGCCUCACAGACGAAUUUGUGAGAAACAAGCAGAAACUGGGAACUAAUGUCUGAAAUGUAGUUCAGUUUAGGUCUCACUCAGCCUGUUAAACAAUCUCAGAACAGGAUACAGAAUGUGGAGCAGUGGAGCAAUGUUAAAGAAAACAAAACUGAACAAUAAACAUAGUUCAAAGACCAUGCUGUUUCUGUUCUCAAUAAUUAUGGAGAAGAUAAUAUGUAAAAGGUAACAAGUGUUGGAGGGAAUAUUCAGAUCCUUCAUUAUGUACCAAUACACUGUUCCAAGUGUAGCUACAACUUCAGUUCAAGCAAACGCUACGUGCUUAAUAGUUUUAGUGCUUUACCUUGCUGUGAGACAGCCAUGUCUUGUGUUGAGAAAAUGUAGUUCCAAAGGAAAUGGUGGUCUGAAGGUAAAACAGCACAAUGC